UCCGGCGAUGGCAUCACUGAUCCAAAGGGCGGGCAUCAGGCUGGCCUCAGCAAAGGCAUCGAGCCAGUAUUCAAGCACUUUAUGCCUGCCGAAGACUGACUUCCCGUUACGUUCCAAUCCUGAAGAGACUGCUGCGAAAUACCUGAGGUUAUGUACCGACGACCUAUACGCCUGGCAAAAGGAAAACCUACCGAAAGAUUCCCUCUUUGUUCUACAUGAUGGACCACCGUAUGCCAACGGUGAUCUACAUAUCGGCCACGCAUUGAACCGUAUUCUCAAGGACAUCAUUCUUCGAUACCGGAUCCUUCAGCGCGAUCGUGUCUCCUUCAUUCCAGGGUGGGAUUGUCAUGGUUUGCCAAUCGAACUCAAAGCGCUUCAGGGUGGUGAAGCUCCAGUCAAGGGUAAGAACGGCUCUCAGACGAUCUCGGAUGCUGCCGCCAAACCAAAGAUGCCCCCUCUUGAGAUCCGUGCUGCAGCCCGUAAAUGGGCUGAUGACGCAGUAGCGAAGCAGAUGGCGAGCAUGAGGGAGUGGGGUGCAAUGGCUGAAUACCAGAAUCACUACCGAACGAUGCAUCUCCGUUAUGAGCUCAAUCAGCUUGACGUGUUCAAGAAGAUGGUUAAGAAGGGUUUGAUUUACAGGCAGUUCAAGCCUGUAUACUGGAGUCCAAGUUCGAAAACUGCGUUGGCUGAAGCAGAGUUGGAGUACAACGAAGACCACAAGAGCAAGGCUGUAUACGUCAAGUUUCCUGUGACUCAACUAGGUGACCUCGAAGGCGUUGACGGUAUCAACAAGGACGCCCUUUCCGCGCUGAUUUGGACGACAACACCCUGGACGCUACCGUCAAAUCAGGCUGUCGCAUUCAACCCUGAAAUGGACUACACCGUGGUUAACACGCCCAGUCACGGUCAGCUCCUAGUAGCUGAGGCUCGUCUCGAAGCGCUCCUUCCGCUUUUGCCCGAGGGCACUACCACGACCUCCACUUCCAUCCCUGGCACUACGCUUCUUCGCAGUGCCUACACUCAUCCUCUUCUUUCAAGCAAGCCGCCGUCGCCUUUCCUGAGCGGUGACCAUGUAACGUCUGAUUCCGGUACCGGUCUUGUUCACACCGCGCCCGGUCACGGUAUGGAAGAUUAUUUGGCUUGUAGGUCUCGCGGUAUCGAAACUUUCUCACCUGUGGAUGACGAAGGCAAGUUCACCUCUGAAGCUUUGGACGGUCAAUUAACUGGUAUGUCCGUACAAUACGAGGGAAACAAGGCUGUUGUGGAGAUGCUGAAGUCUAAGGAUGUCCUUCUGCAUGAAAGCACCUACAAGCACAAAUACCCUUACGACUGGCGCACAAAGCAGCCAAUUAUUCUUCGCGCAACAGCCCAGUGGUUCGCUGAUCUGACUGGCAUUAAGAAUGAUUCUUUGAAUGCUCUGGACUCUGUGCAGAUGAUCCCAGAAGUCGGAAGGAGCCGUCUCACGGCCUUCGUCAAAUCCAGAGCGGAGUGGUGUAUCUCCCGGCAGCGUGCCUGGGGUGUACCAAUUCCCGUCUUGUACAAUGUCGAAACGGACGAAGCACUUCUUACGGAUACGAAUAUUGACCAUGUCGUGAGCAUCUUGAAGGAGAAGGGUAUGGACGCCUGGUGGUCAGAAACCGAUGACGAGGUGUUCGUAGCGCCUGAGUAUCGUAAGGAGGGACAGAAAUGGAGACGUGGUUAUGAGACAAUGGACGUUUGGUUCGACAGUGGCACAAGCUGGGGUGUAGUUGAGGAUCAGGUGGGGAAGCGCGACGGAAAGCCUGUUGCAGAUCUGUACCUUGAAGGUUCAGAUCAGCAUCGCGGAUGGUUCCAGUCAUCGCUUCUCACUCACAUCGCUGCUUCCGACGCAACUACGCCUGUCGCGCCGUUCAGCACUGUGUUGACUCACGGUUUCGUCCUAGAUCAGAAGAACCGUAAGAUGUCCAAGUCUAUCGGUAACGUUGUUGAUCCGAACGUGAUCAUCAAAGGUGGAACAGACAAGAACAAAGAACCCAGACUUGGUGUUGAUGUCCUCCGUCUGUGGGUAGCCAGUAGUGAGUUUACGAAGGAUAUCUCCAUCGGAAAGGAGAUUUUGGGCCACGUUACCGAAGGUGUGCGCAAGAUUCGGACGACUGCGCGAUUCUUGUUGGGAAAUCUUAAUGAUUGGGAUGGAAAGGAAGUAGCGUAUGACGAACUUACAUCAAUUGACAAGUUCGCGUUGCUUCGUUUGAGCAAAAUUGAGAAGGAAAUUAGGGAAAACUACGAGCAAUUUGCGUUCAACAAAGCUACACAUUCCCUGCUCAGCUACACGAACGCUGACUUGUCGGCUUUCUACUUCGACGUUGUCAAAGAUCGCCUGUAUGCAGACGCACCCAACAGCCUCAGCAGACGUUCCGUCCAGACGGUUCUAUACCACAUUCUCCGUGUCUAUCUCGCAGCGUUGAGUCCUCUAAUUCCAACCUUUGCAGAGGAAGUUUGGGCGAAUGCUGGAAAUAUUAUCAACCCCGACUCCAACAGUAUCUUUCAGGUCGGGUGGUGCGAAACGAGGAAGGAAUGGGAUGUGGCUUCACUUGCCAAAGAUUACGAAAUGUUGGCUGAUGUAAGAACAUCUGUGGGGCUUGCUGUGGAGAAGGCCCGCAAGAACAAGCAUAUCCGCACUGCCUUGCAAGCCGAGGUGGAGUUGGUCGUUGAGAAUGGUUCUCAAGCGGAGACUUUCUUGAAGAAAUAUGCCGAUGAACUGUCGUGUCUGUUCAUUACCUCAGGCGCUAACAUUACAACCGAGCUGAAACAUGCAGAAGGUUGGGAAGAAAAGGAGACUCUGAACAUUCUUGGAAAUCAGGUUCUCGCAGUGGUGCGACAAGCUUCUCGUGAGAAGUGCGUACGAUGUUGGGUAUACAGUGCAGAAUCGGAGGGAGGAAUUUGCAAGCGCUGCAACUCCGUGGUGCGCUAAACAUGAAGAAGUUGAAGGGUUGUCCUUACUGGCUAUGAAACGACACUGAUGCCCAUGGUCACUCUAACAAAAAACUGAAGG